CAGCAGGGUCAGAGGUCGUCUGCUCUUCUUCUUCUUCACUGACGUUUUUAGACGUUCAGCCACAAACCAUCAGCUGGUCCAACAACAUCCUUCAGUACAGCAGAUAUUUACAGCAUCCACCAGUUUAACCAUGUCUCCAUAGAGCAGCAGACGGACUAGCAGCAGGAAGAAGGCGGGCUCAGCUUCAGCUUCUCAGCUUCAGUGAAACAUCGUCAGGUCAGAUCACUGAGAAGAACAAUGGAAGGCACAUCUCACUGUCUGAUCUUUCUGAUCUUCUUGCUGAGCUGCUCAACAGAUCCAGUCCUCCCAGUUCGUCUGACUGUGAGUCCCAGCAGAUCUCAGUUCUUUGAAUAUGAAUCUGUGACUCUGACCUGUGAGGAUGGAUGGACUGUGAGGAGAAACACAACCAGAGGAAACAUAACUCAGUGUGGAGAUCAAUGGGGAGAAACUGAUGGUUCCUCCUGCAACCUGAACUACCUCCUCCCAUUAGAUACUGGUCUGUACUGGUGUGAGUCCAUGUCUGGAUCCUCCAGCAGCAGCAGCAGCAUCCAGCUCUCUGUCUCUGGUGGAUCAGUGAUCCUGCAGAGUCCUGUCCUCCCUGUGAUGGAGGGAGAUGACGUCACUCUGAGCUGCAGAGCAAAGAAUCCAACCCACAACCUCCCAGCUGCUUUCUAUAAAGAUGGCUCCUUCAUUGGUGAUGGACCAUCAGGUCACAUGACCCUCCUCCAUGUUUCCAGCUCUGAUGAAGGCCUCUAUAAAUGUAACAUCAGCCGUCAUGGAGAGUCUCCAUCCAGCAGGAUCUCUGUCAAAGAGAGAAUCUCCUCCACUCCUCCAUCAUCCUCCACUCCUCCUUCAUCCUCCACUCCUCCUCCUCCUCCUCCUCCUCCUCCUCCUCCUUCAUCUCUUCCCACCAUCUCAGUCGUUGUUUCCAUUUUUAUCUUUCUGGUUUUGCUCUCAUUAAUUCUUCUGGUUCUUCUGGUGAGACGAUGUUUCUGCAGGAAACCUGAAGAUGAAGCAAAAGAUGAAAAGGAAAUCACCUACAGUGAACUGAAAACCUUCAGAAAUCAGCAGCAGCCAAUCAGAAGCAGCCGAGAUCCAGCUCUGGUUUACUCUGCAGUGAGAACUGGAGACAUUGAAUAUGGACAGAUAAACAUCAGAGAAACUGGAAACCAUCAGAGGAGCAGAGAGAUGGAUCCGGGUCCAAUUUACUCUGCAGUGAGGACAGCAGGCAUCAGACCCAACAGAACCAGAGAACCAGAACCAGAACCAGAACCAGACGUGGUUUACUCUGCAGUCAGACCGGCUGAUGGUCCAUAACGGAUCAUCAACAUCACGUCUGUUUGCUCUGUCAAGUAUUUCUAUAAGAGAGGAAUAUUAAUGUAUUAUUAUUAUUAAACAAAUUGUAACUUUAUAGUAAUUUCAUAAACAAACAGCUAAGAGACAAAAAACAUUUAAAUUUGAUUUGACAUGUUUUAUUUUCUUAUGGUUCAUAAAUAUAAUUACUAAUAAAACUGAAAGAUUGAG